GUCAUGAAUCCUCUCUCGCAGUCACACUCCAUUCCUCUGCUAGAAGGAAUAUGCUGUACCAUAUCAGAUAUGAAUGCAGAUCAUGUGAUGGUCACGCAGGAAACCUUAACAGAGCAGUUAGUGAAAAAUUAUCCAGGCAUGGCAGUUCCCUCCCACAACACUUUAUAUAGUAUCCUUGGCAGUCUGAUUAAAGAAAGGAAAAUUUAUCAUACAGGAGAAGGAUACUUCAUUGUAAUUCCCAACACAUACUUUAUCACAAAUGAUGCCACAGAAGACAACAGAAGGAUCCUGCUGGAGGACAGUUGUUGCUGUUCAUCACCCUCCAUCACUUACCCUGUAAACACUGAGCACUGUGCAGACCCAGUGAAAGGAAACACUCCUUUGGUAUCCCAUUACAGAUCCUGCCAUUGUCUCCCUGACCAGAAUAUGUUCAGUGAACAAAGACAGCAGAAGCUUAUGAACCAUAAACCUAAUGGAGGAGGUAAGAAAGGCUGUAGUGAAUUGAAACCUUCAAUUCAAACUCAAGGAGCCUCCACAUCUACUGAAAACCACUCCUGGGACAUCAUCAAAUCCCUAACGUCUUUGAGAGAGAAACAGAAAUGCAAAAGGUUUGGCCUUGGCCUUUUCUGGAGAAGAACUUCUAAAAAGGAAAAACAUAAGAAGGAGUACUCCACUUUUUCAGCCCAGUUUCCUCCCAAGGAGUGGCCAGUCAGGGAUGAAGAUGACCUAGAUAACAUUCCACGUGAUAUUGAACAUGAAAUCAUAAAGCGUAUUAACCCUGCCCUUACAGUUGAUAAUUUGAUUAAGCACACAAUAUUAAUGCAGAAGUUUGAGGAGCUGAAAAAGUGUGCCAGUAGGGGUACCGCCUCUGAAGUGUUAACAGUUGGGCAAAACCAUCUUUCAAAGGACUGCAUUCAAAAGACACAAAGUAAAGCAGCAAAACACACCAGGAAAACCAAAUCAAACAAAGAGAGGCAGAUUAGUAGAAGCGAAAGGAAAUAUCAUACACAUGAGUUAACAUCCCAAAAUGAGAAACAGGAAGAGAACCUUUCACUGUCUAACAAAAACCAACAACCAUCUGAUGAAGUGGAAUCCCAUGUCAUAUACAAAAAACAGAUUAAGAACCCCUUUCAGGGUCUGUCACGGAGACGCAGCUUCUAUGCAAGAGGAUACAAAGGUACCAGGAGCAGCCAGCCAAAGCACAGGACUCAAAAGCAAGAAGGCGUUUUGCAAAGGCCAUGGCCCCUGGACUUCUUAAAAACCUUUGAAUAUGAAACUGAACAGCUGGCUAUGGAAACACAGGCUGAUAAAGCUAAACAAAACAAACUACUCCAUGCUAACAGGUCUUCUCUCCAACUAAAGAAAGAUAGUUUAAGUGAAAACUUUAGCUAUCCACAUGACAGGAUUUUCCAAAUAGAUAAGAAAUGCAAAUACUUUCUGGAGAGUAAUAUUUCUGAAGAAAAUGUCUACAGAGGAACAGUAAAAAAACAACCCAGGGAUAUGCAAAAAUCUUUUCACUCCUACGCCAGGGAUAAUGGUGUGUGCAAAGAAGAUGCAAUAUUUUCAUUAAAUCUGAGAGGUGAGUAUUGCAGGUGCAAAGAGGAAACUGUAUGUGAGUCAUUAGAUCAAACAGCAAAUGAAUUUCAAAAUGUCCGUCUUUCAAAUUAUAGAGCCAGUGCUAACAUGGUAAAAAAAUGUGUGAAAUACAGACAAAAGGCUGAUAACAAGAAUGAGCUUAUCUUUAAAUAUGACUGUGGGACCAUCUCAGGAACGAAGCUGGAAACUGAAGGAUUUACUGAGAAUUGCUAUCCUCUGUACCAAAAAGCACGUGGUAGUGACAGCUGUAGCUCAUGACAUCUGGAUGACAGUUCUGAAGGCAGUGGACCCCCUCACCUGCCUCCUGGUUGUGCUUUUUCAGAUACAAGAGAUUGGAGUAAAGCUGUGCAAAACUUGGGAACAACUAUGUCCCUAAAAAAUCAUCCCACCUAGUACAACAAAACUGUAAAUAAACCUGACUCCUACAGCAUGAAUGUAAGUGCUAGUUGUGCAGAAUCAACAGAUUGAUCAAAAGGACAUCCAAAAACAGAUGUCACAGAAAAAAGCUGUUUGUGCAGUCGGGUUCUACUGACAGUUCACAGAAAGGAAGAAGAAGAAGCUGGCCUUACAGAAUGCACAAAGGCAUCAGCUAUAGCAGAUUUCUGCCACAAUAAUGAUGCUGGCAAGACAGGAGAGACAGGUGAACUAGUGGCAUGCUGUGCUUUGGGGUCACAAAGCAAAGAAGGAAGAAAGUCUCAGGGAGAAAAAUAUCUGGUUUGUAAGAAUGCAUGUACUGUGAUAUCAAGACAGAAACACUCAGAAGGGACAGAAAACCGCAGCAUUACUGGAGACAGUGGAAUAAGCUCCCCAAGAUGGACUGAAAAGAAGAUGAAGCUUCCGGCCAAAUUCUGAAAGCAUAAAUAUUAAGGCAAAGAGGAGGACGAAAUGUAAGGGCAAUUGCAACAAAGCUCCUUGCUUCAGCUAACUCUUAUCAUUAAUAUUUGAUUAUCUUUUUUAAUGAGCUUUUUAAACUUUCCCUUUGUAACACAGUAACCAUAUUGUAAAUG